GGCAGGACUCCCAGGACUCUGUCCACAGUCUCCAGUCCGCCUGCCCACCCACCUGCUUGGGAGCACCGUGAAGCCUGAGGGCGGCAGCUCGCCUCUGGGGCUCUGCCAGCUCCUGUUCGGGGAGACCAAGGUCCACGUGGAGGUGCCGACUACCAUGCUCAGUCUCAAGCUGCCCCAACUCCUUCGAGUUCAUCAGGUCCCUCGGGUGUUCUGGGAGGAUGGCAUCAUGUCUGGCUACCGUCGCCCCACCAGCUCGGCCUUGGACUGCGUACUUAGCUCCUUCCAGAUGACCAACGAGACGGUCAACAUCUGGACUCACUUCCUGCCCACCUGGUACUUCGUGUGGCGCCUCCUGGCGCUGGCGGGGGGCCCGGGCUUCCGCGCCGAGCCGUACCACUGGCCGCUGCUCGUCUUCCUGCUGCCCGCCUGCCUCUACCCCUUCGCGUCGUGCUGCGCGCACACCUUCAGCUCCAUGUCGCCGCGCGCCCGCCACAUCUGCUACUUCCUAGACUACGGGGCGCUCAGCCUGUACAGCCUGGGCUGCGCCUUCCCCUAUGCCGCCUACUCCAUGCCGGCCUCCUGGCUGCACAGCCCCCUGCACCGGCUCUUCGUGCCCACCGCUGUACUCAACUCCUUCCUGUGCACCGGCCUCUCCUGCUACUCGCGGUUCCCGGAGCUAGAAAACCCAGGGUUUAGCAAGGCCCUCCGCACAGCCGCCUUUGCCUAUCCCUUCCUGUUUGACAACCUCCCGCUCUUCUACCGGCUCUGGCUGUGCUGGGGCCGAGCCGGCUGUGGGCCGGAGGCCCUGAGCUCCAGCCACAGCCACCACCUCCUCUGUGCACUGCUCGCUGGCCUCCUCUUCACAGCCCGCCUGCCCGAGCGCCUGGCACCCGGAUGCUUUGACUAUAUAGGCCACAGCCACCAGCUGUUCCACAUCUGUGCGAUACUGGGCACCCACUUCCAGCUGGAGGCGGUGCUGGUGGAUAUGAGAUCCCGUCGGGCCUGGUUGGCCACACAGGAGCCUCCCCUGGGCCUGGAAGGCAUGGUGACUAUGUUGGGACUGGUGGUGGCUGGGAACCUGCUCAUCAUCAUCACCUUCACAGCCUCCCUGCUUCGGGCCCCUGGAACUUGUCCCUUGCUGCAGGGUGGCCAGCCAGAGGGGGGACCCCAGGCCAAACAACAGUGAGGCCAUCCCCCAAUGCUGGCCUGGAGGAAGGCAGAAGCUAGAACCCAGUGCUGGGAAGGACCCCGGAUGGGCCUGGGCCAGAGAAAGUGAGGACUCUUCUGAGUCUGGAAGGAGUGGCUGAGCAGAGAGGUAGCCUAGGGGACUGGCGGAGGGAGGGAGCGGGGAGCAGAGAGGCAGUGAACGCUUCCAGGCGCGACGCUCACUAGGUGCCCUUGCUGCAGGCUGGGGCGAGAGGUGGGUGCAUCUCAGUGGCCUGGUGCCCUGGAGUCUGCUCCAGCCAGGUCACCCGAGGGCUUGUUAACUAGCAGGACCACCACCUACCUGCCCCGCCCUGCCCCAGGGCCAGCAGCUCUGUGCCCACAGCUAGGAAUUGGCUUUCCUGGUCACAGAAGUGAUGGGGAGACGGCCAAGCUUUUGCUGGCUGGUCGGACUGGAUGUAUCCUAGGUGACAUGGAUUGAGGUGGGGGUGCCUUGGAAGGGGCUCUGGUGAGAGUUUAAGUAGGCCACCUCCAGUGCUUUCCAGGGCGAAGCAGGUGAAAUAAACAAGCAUGCUGGA